UAGGAACGUUUGGCGAAUCAUUGGCGAUAGGCUUACUUAGAACUUAACAAUUACCACGUUUAUUGCUAAUAGGUCAUGAAAUAAGGGCAGUUCGGAUGCGGACGUCGCAUCCGUAGGACGUGUUAUCGUCGAUGUUAAAUUUAAAAUGCUGAUGCAAUCAAGAUGGCGGCCCAUGACGCAUUGACGUUUGACGCGAACCCGUGUCACGAGCCGUUUUACGUUUUGAACGUUCUGUUUCACGCAGUAGCAGAUUACGGCUUCAGAUAUUUCAAUUUAGGGAUAUUUCUCUCGAUACUUAUAAUAAUAUGUUUAAUUAUAUACAAAUCUUACUGCUCUCCGGUUAUAUACAAGAAGGAAUUAUCUGAAGUGGGCUACGAACACCUCUCCAAGGGGUCAGAUAGACCCCUGCACAUCCUGAGAGCUCAGAAUACAAGACGUUUGGGGGAUAAACUGCCCCCGCCCUACCCUAAUGGAUGGUUCGCUCUGGUUGAGAGUCGGGACUUGAAGGUCGGGUCCGUAAUACCCGUGGAUGCUAUGGGUCUUAACUUCUGCGUAUACCGAGGGGAGGACGGUGUUGCCAGGAUAGUGGACGCCUAUUGUCCCCACUUGGGUGCGAAUUUAGCCGUGGGUGGAACCGUCUGUGGUAAUUGCAUAGAGUGUCCUUUCCACCAGUGGAGGUUUGGGGAGAAUGGAGAUUGCGUGAGCAUACCUAACGUUGAGGCGGUACCAAAAGGCAUAUCCAUCAAGACCCACCACGCGAUGGAAAUUGAUGGGGCGGUGUGGGUGUGGUAUGAUGUCGAAGGUCGGGAGCCUCUAUGGACGGUGGACAGAAUCCCGGAAAUAGACACGUGGGGAUACAGGGGACGGAACGAGUUCAUAGUUAACGCUCACUUGCAGGAAAUACCCGAGAACGGUGCGGAUGUUGCUCACCUGAACGCGGUGCACACAGUCUCCAUGCUGAGUGACGUCGGGUUUAAAUAUCCAUUCCUCAAUCAUUUUAUUGGCUACCACACUUGGAACGCUGAAUGGUUGAAGGGUGACGACCACACCGCCUCUAUGAAAAUAACUCAAAAAUACCUCAUCAUGAAAUUAGACAUCUUCCCGAUAGAUGUCACUGUGACACAGAUAGGUCCAGCGCACGUCCGUCUUAUGUUCACCUCUCCUCUGGGCCCCAUGGUUGUUCUUCAGUCAGUGACGCCGCUCGGACCUCUGUUGCAGCGCGUGAUACAUCGCGUGUACACCCCCACGUUGAACGCGCCGCUGGGCGCUGCACUAGUCGUUUUGGAAGCCUACCAGUUUCAACGCGACGUUGCGAUAUGGAACAGCAAGAGAUACGUCAAUUCACCUACUUACGUCAAAUCGGACAAAACGAUACGCGCUUUCAGAACAUGGUUCUCUCAGUUCUACAGCAAGAACAGUAUACCACUGAGGGACGCCAUGCAGAACCCAUUGGACUGGUAGAAAGUUAUAUAAACAUCACAAAUUAAUGAUAACUAUAGAUUGUAUUAGUUUUUGGCUAUAAUUUGUAUUAAGAGUGAAGAUUUAUUUAACCAGUGAGGAAAAUAAUGUUGAGCCGACAUAUGUGGAGGGUAGACGUAAAUAAUUAAAUAUUAUAUAUUUCUAUUCAGAAAACUGUAUUAUAACCGCUGCCGAAUUAGUAUUAAUAGAUUUAUUCGGAAGAUACGUCUGUGAUUUUUUAAAAGUUUUCACUGUUCAUAGUAGUAAUAUUUCCCAACUGUUUCAAAUUCAAGACAAUUUUUACACCUACCCUCGUAUUUUAUUUAUAAAACGAUUCAGCGAGAACAGCAUUCGGUCUAACAUUAAUUGAAUAUAUAGCUGUGUUACAAAAAUUAGUUGUCUUAUUUAAAUUUCUAAGACAUUUGUAGAAUAAAAUAAAAGUGUGUUUU